AUGCGCCUCGCCAAUUCCAAAAUCAAGGGUGGAGAUCACAAGGACAAUAUGGAAGAAAUCAACAAGGCCAAGGAGAACCGUCCGCAAGGAGCAUUGCCAUCAAACACGGAGGACCCAAGAAAAAGGCAAAACGAGCAAGUACAAGCGGUGAGCCUACGUAACGGACGACAAUUGGAAGAAGCCCCUAGAAAUGAGACAAAUAAUGGAAAAACAAAGGCGACCGAGGCGGCGGAAGAAGACACAAACGUUCAAGGCGAAACUUCAAGGGCAAAGGUUACACCGGCUCCUCCCAUUCCAUACCCACAAAGGUUCCAGCCACCGAAGUUAAAUGCCGAAUACCAAAGCUUUGUUGACAAGAUGAAGGAAAUCCGUAUCAAUAUCCCUCUCAUCGAAGCACUCCAACAAAUGCCAAAGUGGGUGAAGUUUGUCAAAGAACUCGUAACCAAGGGACAGAAAUUGCAAGGAAACGAAAUGAUUCAACUCACCGAACAGUGUAGUGCAAUCCUUACGAGACCUCUCCCUAAAAAACUCGGCGACCCAGGUGAAAUUGAACCAACGGCUAUAACACUCCAAUUAGCCGAUAGGUCUCUAGUCUACCCAAAGGGGGUUUUAGAAGAUGUCUUAGUCAAGGUUGACGAAUUUAUUCUUCCUGCUGAUUUUGUGAUUCUUGAUAUGGAUGAAGAUAGAGAAAUCCCAAUUAUUUUGGGAAGGCCGUUUUUAGCUACUUCACGUACUGUUAUUGAUUGUGCUAGUGGGGAUCUCACCAUGACGGUGCAUGACCAAACUAUUAAAUUUAACGUUUUUAAUGCAAUUAAGCGUCCGCACAAUUCUAAUGAGUGUUUUUCUAUUGAUUUAGUGGAGUCUUGUUCUUUUGAAAAUUUUGAUUCGUUACUCUUGGAUUCUUUGGAGGCAUCUUUGGUUGAAGGUAACGAUUGUGGAGAUGAGAGAGUGGAGGAGCAAAUUUGUUGGUUAGAUUCCGGCGACUUUCUCGCUCGACAAAAGUUUGAAAGUUUGGAUUUGGCCACCCUUACCACCACCAAGGCAUUCAAAACGUCAUUGGAGGAACCAGCACAGCUUGAGAUGAAAGAAUUACCCGCACACCUCAAAUAUGCCUACCUCGGUAAGAAUGAUACUUUGCCGGUAAUUAUCUCACAAUCUCUAUCUACUUUGCAGGAAUAA